CGUUUCCAUUCAGUCGCACUUCGGACGUGUUCGCGCUAGGAUCGAUUUUGUCCCAACUCCACGCUCGGUCGGUUUAUCCAUCCCAAAAGUAGAGUCGUAAAAGUCCGGUGUUUAGGCGCGCGUUUCGGGUAUCCUUACGGGGAGCACUAGACUAAGCCUCAGAACUAGAGAGAGAGUUGGGGGAUAAAUUUGCAAGUUAUUGCGCGUUUUGACAGUCGCCGCAGUGUUCGUCGCCGUUGUCAAGGUAGCGCGGCGCGUGGAUGCUGUGUUGGGGCUGAAUUUGGAUCAAUCGCGUGGCGAUGCUGCGGUCGUAACCAAGCGACGACGAGUUGGGGAGAACAGAAGAAAACGUUGAAGCGUUGAGAUGGAGAAAGUGCCGGAGACCGGCUUUUCUGGCUUUGGCGACGGCAGAAGGUGGAGGUAGAAGUGGAGUUGUGAGUGGAGAAGAAGUGCGAAACGGCUUAACGGAGUUGGAGUUUUGAGAAGGGGAAGAAUAAGGGAAGCAUAAGCGAUUCAGGAGAACAGAAUCGCAUCACAGUGCAGAAUUGGUGCAAGGAAGAAGGAGGUGAGAAGGAGAAGGUUUCUACAGGAGCAUUGAAGAGGAAGUGUCGGUAGUUGAUGUAGUCGUGUGGAAGUGUCUCGGUGAUUUGUGGAUGUACCCAGAAGAGGCGAAAGAAGUAAAUGCAAAAAAAAGAGCGUUAUUGUUUAUGGCCCCUCGAUUAUUGGCCUCUUUUGUGUGUCGGUGAAAUGAAGUAAUUCGCAGAGCAUCGUGUGCGUACGUGUCGGUGUGCACACCUUGUAUAAUGAAGCUAGUGAAAACAGCAAGUGCAGAAGAUAAUAACGUCGUGGGUGAAGAAGUACAAGCAGCUACGAAGCGGUGAAGAACCCCCCCAAAAUGGCAAAGUGGAGUUCCAUUGUGUUGGUGGUGUUGAGCUAUGCAAAUGUCGGAUUAUCCAUACAGGACCAGCAGCAGCUACCCCAGCAUGACCCCUACUCCGAAACGUCCGGGCUGGUUCCGGAAGAGUUCCAGCACCACAACCGCUGCGAACCCAUCACAAUCCCGUUCUGUACGGACAUCCAGUACAACAAGACCAUCAUGCCGAACCUGCUCGGCCACCACAAGCAGGAAGAGGCCGCCCUCGAGGUUCACCAGUUCAUCCCCCUCGUCAAGAUCGACUGCAGUCCGGAUCUCAAGUUCUUCCUCUGUUCCCUGUACGCCCCGGUCUGCACGAUCCUCAGCUACCCAAUCCCACCCUGUCGAUCCCUGUGCGAAUCGGCCCGCGUCUGCGAAUCGAUCAUGCGAACGUUCGACUUCCAGUGGCCGGAGAACCUCGAGUGCUCCAAGUUCCCCCUGGACGGCAAAGAGUUGUGCGUCUCGCAGAACAAUUCCUCCGAGACGACGCCGAUUCCGCCGGGGGCGCUGCAGACCACCAAGCCGAGGGCGCCUCCACGGAAUACGCCACCGGCCGUGCUGAAGCACGACCUGGGCUUUGUCUGCCCGGUGCAGCUUAAGGCACCGGCCAUCAUGGGAUACUCGCUGACGGUGGGAGGAAAGGUCACCAAAGACUGCGGAGCACCGUGCAACUCGAUGUUCUUUUCGGAGAACGAACGGACCGUCCUAAAGUACUGGGUCGGCUCGUGGGCAGCCGUCUGCGUGGCAAGCUGUCUGUUCACGGUACUCACCUUCCUGAUCGAUUCGUCCCGGUUCAGGUACCCGGAACGGCCCAUCGUGUUUCUGGCGAUCUGCUACCUGAUCGUGGGCUGUGCAUACGUGGCCGGGCUGGGCGCGGGCGAUUCCGUGGCCUGUAGGGAGGCCUUUCAGCCCCAGAUCAAGAUUGGGCGGAUGCAGAUGCUGUCGACGAUUACGCAGGGUCACCGGCAGUCCACUUCCUGCACGGUGCUCUUCAUGGCGCUGUACUUUUGCAGUAUGGCCGCCUUUGGGUGGUGGGCCUGUCUGGCCCUCGCUUGGUUCCUGGCCGCCGGCCUCAAGUGGGGCCACGAAGCCAUCGAGAACCGGUCCCAUCUGUUCCACCUGGUGGCGUGGGCCAUCCCGGCCGUGCAGACGAUAUUCGUGCUCGCGCUCGGGAAGGUUGAAGGUGACGUCCUGUCCGGCGUUUGCUUCGUCGGCCAGCUGGACAGCCGCUCGCUCGGUAUGUUCCUGCUGAUCCCGUUGUGCGUGUACCUCUCGCUGGGGGCCAUUUUCCUGCUGGCCGGGUUCGUGUCCCUGUUCCGCAUCCGGACCGUCAUGAAGCACGACGGAACGCGCACCGACAAACUCGAGCGGCUCAUGCUCCGGAUCGGCUUCUUCAGCGGUCUGUUCAUCCUACCGGCGCUCGGCUAUCUGGGCUGCCUCUUCUACGAGUACUACAACUUUGACGACUGGAUGAUCCAGUGGAACCGGCAGAUGUGUCGGAUCUUUUCGAUUCCCUGUCCGGCCACCAAGUACAACGCCCAGAUGGUGCCGGAGGAGGACCGGCCCAUCUUUCACAUCUACAUGGCCAAGUACGUGUGCUCGAUGCUGGUCGGGGUCACCUCGAGUGUGUGGCUGUGGUCCGGGAAGACCGUGGUCAGCUGGAAGCAGUUUGCGGAACGACUGCAGGGCAAGGACAGCCGGAGUCGGGGGGCGUACGUUUAGAAGAGGGAAAGAAAGAAAGUCCCUCCAGCACCACCACAACCACCAAGGAACCGUAUAGAUUUCUAACCCUAACUUUUUAGUGCGAGUUUUAGUCCACUUUUCGAACGCCUUUUUGUAGACUUCGUGGUCGGCCGGUGGCGAAUCUCAGCUUUAAGGAAAUUACGCGAAAGGUAAACGUUAACUCGUAGAAGCGAAUAAUCAAAAACGUUUUAAAAUGGUUCGAUAGGAAUCUGAAUCGUGAAAUUUGUCGAUAUUGUAGAAAAUCGUUAAAACUAAGUAGAGACUGUCCUAUAAAAUAACGUAAGUUUCGAAAACAGUAGUUUUAUUCAAAUAACCACGCUGUGGGGUGGAUCAGAGCAGUAGAGUUGGUGAUUUUUAAGCUGAAAAAAAACAACAUUAUUGCAUGUUUUAUACUGGUUCUGGGUUGAUGCAAAUUGGGUUUUUCAAUAAAAUCGAUAAACUUUUAGUUACAAAUUGUCAUUUGAAACAUCAGGCCUGUCGAACGUUUUGGCUAAAUUUUCACAUUUUUAACCACGAAAAAAAAACAAUUACCUGUUUUUAGAUGAUUGCUUUUUUCAACUGGUCCUGUAAAUUUGAUUUUAAGGUUCAAAACUUUAUGGUUGAAUAUUCCCUUUUAAUGUUAUUUAACCUGAAAUAAUGUGUAAAAAAGUUAAAUUUAACAGAAAAUUAUGCAAAAUUUACAAGUUCUUGAUGUGAAAUUACAUAUGAAAGAUUUGAGGUAAAGAAUGUGUAAUUUUCAUGAGGAAUUGGUGCAAUAUUCAUCGUUUUUUUUAUUACUUUUUUACACAUUAUCGAAAUUUAAAUUAACCCAAAAAAGACUUUUUUGAACUAAAAAAUGCUAACUAGGAUAAUAAACGCGACUUAUAAAAUUGUUAUCAGUUGAUUUUAGUUCAACUUUCAGUGCCAUCACCCUGUUUUAGACCACACUAAUUUGGGGUACGACAUAAAUGUUGAAUGAUAUUUGCAAAAGUCUUAUGUCUGCAUUGAGUAAUAAAAUCUAAGAAGUUUCCAUCUUAGAAUAUGGACAGAUUUUGUGUCAGAUAAAAAUGGUAAUAUUUCUUCAAAAAUAUGUAAUUUUACAAUUAUUAUAUGUAAUUCAACAUUUCCAUAUGAAUUGAGCUAAAGCAAAAAUAAAAAGAUGUCACACCAUGCAAGGUUACACAGUAAAAUGUGUAAGUUUGGAAGAUUUUGAAAUGUUGAAUAUAACUUCUUUAAUGAUGUAAUUUUACCUCAAGUUGGACUGAAAAUGUGACGUUUCA